UAGCAACCGUCUGGGAAACAUUGGCUAGCUAGCUAAGAUAGUUCAGGCUAACGUCGGUUUGUUAUGCUAGCGAUAAACAAGACGUCGUAGACACUUGAUUGUCUAAUUUAGCGUCAGUCGGCAAAUUAAUGUCACAAGUCAGCGUUGUCUACGUUGCGUCAUCGCCCAUAUUACUUAGCUGUAACUUUGCGCCAUGCUUUUCAGUAAGCUGCCGAGGAUGGCAGACUGUUGUAACGCUGCACUGUUGAGUUCAGCUAACUUGGCUAACGGUAAUUUCCAUCACAUGCAGUAAGCUAACGUUAGCCACCGAGGCCGACCCGUAAACUUAGGUUACCUCAACGCUACCGUUAUGUAAACGGCAAAGUAAACGCUAUGUUUCUCUCCUACGAUCUGGAUGUCAGAUUGAUUUGUCUCAGAGGAGCCUAACGUUAGAUUAGUUUAACAUGAAGUUACUUUAUCAGUGCUGUCAUGGGUCAAUCUGGGUAAUGGGUGACUGAGUCAAUCAGCUGAUCUGUGGCUGCUAAGGUAUUCAGCUUGAACUAGUAUGGAUGUUGAUGACUGCAAUGGCCGGUCUUACAUAUCAGCUAGUGGAGACUCCUCAAUGGAAAGAGAGUUUUCUGGGGCCCUUGGAGGUCCGACAGUGAGCACCCCAAACAGCAAGGAGACCUCUCCCAGUCGCUCGCUCAGUGCUAACUCCAUUAAAGUGGAGCUGUACAGCGAUGAAGACCCAGGGCGCAGUACUGAGGAUGAACGAGGGGAGCGGGUAGAGGAAGGAGGUGCAGAGCAGGGAUCUGAGGCUGUCGGAGGCUACAGGGAGCUCACCAAUCCUGAGACCAUGCAAGCUGGAGCCACCAGACUACCAAAUGGAAAACUCAAGUGUGAUAUCUGUGGAAUGAUCUGCAUCGGGCCUAAUGUUCUCAUGGUGCACAAACGCAGCCAUACAGGUGAGCGUCCAUUCCAGUGUAAUCAGUGUGGCGCCUCCUUCACUCAAAAGGGUAAUCUGCUCCGCCACAUCAAGCUGCACUCAGGGGAAAAGCCCUUUAAAUGCCCCUUCUGCAGCUACGCCUGUCGAAGACGAGAUGCACUCACUGGCCACCUUCGCACUCAUGCAGUGUCCUCUCCAACCGUUGGGAAGCCGUACAAGUGCAGUUACUGUGGCCGUAGUUACAAGCAGCAGAGCACCCUGGAGGAACACCGUGAGCGCUGCCACAGCUACUUACAGAGUCUGGAGUCACAGCAGCCAUCUAGUGCACAGAAUCCAGGAGAGGAGAUGAGAGAGCUAGAGUUUAUACCAGACUCUCUACUGCAACCCUCCUCAGACAAGAUGGCAUUUAUCGAUCGGCUGGCCAACAGCAUCACCAAACGCAAGAGAUCCACACCUCAAAAAUUUGUAGGACAGAAGCACAUACGCCUCAACCUUGCAGAUGCACCUUAUGAGCUCAGCGCUGGUUUGGAUAAAGAUGGGGAGAUGCAUGCAGGGGACCUCGAAACCCCACACUUUACUGGUCUGGGAGGAGAAUACGCAGGUGUAGCAGGUAAUGGAGGAGGAGGGGUUUCAGACACACUGAGGCCUCUACACCUUCCCACCACUCACCCUUCAUGCUUAUCAGAACUCAGGCCGAUCCACAGCUCUAUUCACACCUCCGUCGCUCUUGGCCCGAGGCUCGAUUGCACAGGGACCGGAGCUGGGCUGGGAGCUGCCGGUGUAGGCGGAAGGGAGGCAGCGGAGGGUCAUGAAGACCUGCCCGCGGGUCGAAGUCAUGCACCGUCACCUAGCAACGGUUGCCAGGACUCUACGGACACAGAGAGCAUGCCAGAUGAGCCUUGCAACAGUACUGCUCCGCCUCAAACCCUGCACAGUAACAACGGCCAUCAUCUUCAACACUCCAACAGCCACCACUCGGCGCCUCCUCCCAUCGCACACCACAGGAGUCGGGACAGACACAGUCCCAGCCACGCCAAAGACAGGGAGAUGGAAAGAGAGGACGGAGGCCACUCAGCUCCCCCACCUCCUGCCCUCGCUCCAACUCCGAGCUCACCCACAGCACCCUCCUCCACCUCUCGGGAGGCGUUUCGGGUCGUAGACGGGGAGGGGAGAGCUGUGCGCUCUUUCCGAUGCGAGCACUGCCGUGUGCUUUUCCUAGACCAUGUCAUGUUUACCAUCCACAUGGGCUGCCACGGUUUUCGCCAGCCUUUUGAGUGUAACAUCUGUGGUCACCGCAGCCAGGACCGCUAUGAAUUUUCUUCACACAUCGUCCGCGGGGAGCACAUCCUUGACUGAGGACAAAGGGUGGUCAACCUGCUUCAUCUAGAGAGAUUUUUACACUGAGACAAGGACCUGGCUGAGUUUGGUCUGCACACAAACUGAAGGAGACACUGAUGACAUGAAACUAAUGCGAUUAUUUCAAACAUUCUCUGGUACAGUUAGUGUGUACCAGCAGGAAUGGCAAUCUCAUAUGUAUGUUUCUAAAAUUAUAAUAGUGGUCCUCGUUAUUUUUAAUGCACUUUGAAUAAUUAAUCAAUUUAAAAUGCACUUUUAAUUCAAUGUAUUUUAAAGUAGAUGAAGAGCCAAUGCACUUUUUCAUCCGCAGAUGUGCCUUGCUCCAAAAUACAGGAUUUAAACCUGACGCACAAACUACGGUAGAGAAAUCGGACUCUUGUCCAUAACGUGAAAACGGUCCAUCCUUGUGCACUUUAACAGAGACAACACAUAAAAAGCUUAAUGUGAAGUUUAUAGGCUCAUCUACAAUGGAAUCUGUAGAGAUUUUAAUGCCUUGUUCUAAAUGAAAUGAUUCCCUAAAUGUAGCGCAAAGUUUUUUUUUUCCUACCCGGGGCUGAUUGUGUAAUAGAAUGUUUUUAUAAUUUGAAGUGAAGUGCAGACCAAACUCAAAAACCAGGUCCUCGUCUGAAUAGAUGUGUUUGAGGGGUUGUCCGUGAAUUAGAAAUGCACUUUUGUUUUUAACAGGGGUGGGGUGGACAGUUCUGAGUGUGUGUGUGUGUGUGUGUGUGUGUGUGUGUGUGUGUGUGUGUGUGUGUGAGAGAGAGAGAAAGAGGGAGAACGUGACAGACUGUGUUUUAUGGAAGUAAACUGACUAAGUAAGGUGGUAAAUGAAGGCCUUUGUGUGAAUGCUGUGUGGCGCGGCGUAUGAAACAUUUGUUUUUCUUUUCUAUGACUGCUUUUGUUGCACUGAUACCUGCCAGAAUACUAUGAUUAUAUUAAACUAUUUUAUGGAAUACAUUAACGACCUGCACAUCUCUCUCAAAAUGUGAGAAAAAACGACGGAAUGUUUUUCUCACUGGGAACGGAGUACGAGUAUCACUGCCACGAUAUUAGAGAUUACUGAAGAGGUUAGGGUCUUUACAAGUCUUUAACAUUUUCCCUUUCAUACCUGCAUCAAACUGCAAACCAAUACUAAUCUAUUUAUACUUUACAUUUUGUUUUUCUGUUUUUAUCUCAUUGUAUUGUGCCUUUCUUCGCCCUGAUCGCACCUUGUUGACCAGACUGAAGGACAUGAGCUCCCAACUGUCGCAUCUUGAAUCAUUGUGGGUGAUGUUAGAGAUCAGAAUAAUUUACUCGCUCAAGUUGUUUUCCAGACACAAGUCUCGCUUACAGCUUUGCACAAUAUUUAUGUUCUCCUCCUCAAUAAAAGUUGGGUUGAUUUUCAUCGACGUGUUGGCAAAGAACCCAAUUCUGCUAAUUUAUCAAAGACUAAAUGUGCACGGCGUUUGGCACAUGCUGCUAUGACGUGAAUAAGUGCAGUGUGGAGUGGCAGUUUACGACCGUCCUCAAGGGUUAAACCCAAAAAACAUUUGAUUUAAAAAAAAAUUUCACGUUUAUUUCAAAAUAUGGUUUUGUCGGUUGUGAUCUAUAAAAUAUCCUGUCUUAGGGCGCAGAAAUGAAACAUAUGUCAAGAGCAAUGUGUUAGUUAAAAGAACACGGUCAUCUCUUGAAUCUGUCUUUAUCUGUUUACAUGUUAAAACUAUAGAUAGAUAGUCGUAUAUUUGACUUUAAGCACAAUAAGUUGUACUGUUAAGCAGGCAAGUCUAGAUUACAGAAUUGGGCACAAAAUCAAUAUCUAAUUUGUGUUGAUAAACAGGACAUUAAUAGAUUAGAUUUAUCUCUGUGUACUCCUUUAUGAAUAGCCACAAAAGUAAAGUGAGAUCCAGUGAUCUUAAAGGCUGGAAAAAUACUGCCAACAGUCAAAACCAUAAACUGACUUGAGCCCAUUAAAGUUGUUGCAGUACAGAAGAAAUUAUUUAUUGAACAAAAUGAUCUCUGGUUAUCAUAACUGGCAUUUUGAAUUUAUUUUUUUUUAGCGUCAAGAAAUGUCGCUUUACAAGCUGAACUGAAACGACUGAACCAUUCAAGUCUUUAAAUGGAUUUAAGGUCUUUUUAAUGUUGUGAAUGGUUCCGUGGUUCUGUCAUAUGCUGAAGUCACAUUUUUAAGGCGCGGUCUGGAUGCGCAGAAGCUCUGAAAUACUGUUUUUAUGAAGAGGAAUCAAAAAAGUACUCGGCUUUCCUUUUAUUUUGCGAUCACCGUGAGUGUGGUUCUGUAUAGUACCAAAUUAUGGUUCCCCCAUGGCUGAACCAAAGAACCACUACUUCCUACUGUUAAGCACUUUUCCCUAUCACAGUGGCAAAAUGACAAAUUAGUGAAAGUAAAUGAAUAUAUUUGUACAUACAGUAUGAUUAGGAAGAACCUGCAAGGUAAUAUUUCUGUGUUUUCGUUGCUCUGUCAGUACAAACCUUAUAGAUGUUAAAAUGGUAUCUUUUUCCAGGAGUUACGUCCACUUAGUUUUUGCAGAGGACGUUUAUAAAAGAUUAUUUGGGGUUUCCCUUUCGAAAUAAAUAUUGUAAAAGUUUACCUUAAAUGUGCUUUUUUGUUAAGAAUUGUUACAAGCUCUCAAGUGGGGCUGCUUGUGUUUUAAAUGGUUAGAGAGGCUUUGGUGCACACUGCUGGAUGAGAUUAAAAGAGAGUGAGUCACUUUUAGACACAGUACACUCUGGCGCUCACCAGUACAGAAACAAACUGAAAUAGAUGGUUAAGUAUUUCUCUUCCAAAGUUGUAAUUUCAUUUAAUAAUCAAAUGAUCUUGCCUUAAUAUAAGAAAAGAGACUGUUAGGUCAUGUUGGGACAGACGUUUGUAGUAAAUCAAACACGUGUCCCAGAAUCCUGAGAUGUACUUUCCUGCAACUUAAUCUAGAAAACAUUGACAGUGUCUUUAAAUGAUCCGACACCAAAGUUGUCAUUAUAAAUCACUGAAAUUGUCAUUUGAGUUUGCAUUAGCAAAAAGAAAAUAAUGCUUUGACUAAUUGAUGACAUCUUACUUCACUGUGUAUAUUCUGAUGUAGGAAACAGCUUGCAUUUACACAAAGGCCCAGGUGUGAUUUCUGUGUAGACUUUACAAUUGUGCCUUUGGCUUGAGGUCUUUUCUGCAUUUUGUUUUCUCUCAGCAGUUUAAAUGAUCACAUCAAGUGUAAAGCUUGGCUUGUCAACACUUAAUCAUGUGGUGCAGGUACUGCACAGUACAAAGGCUCCACAUUAUUUUGGCCAUCUUUGAGAAGUUUAUAGAGCAUACCUAAAACCUCCAGUAACCGCUGACUAACCAGAACCACAUUUGUUCUUACAACCGAUUUACCUUCAAAAGAACUUGGUAUUGGAGACUGCUAGGACCCAAAGAACUAGAGACCUGAACCCUUAGCCAUUAUGUCGACCUCAAGUGUGACAUAUUGUACAAAAACGGUAGACGACAUGAACCCUCUGCAGAGUUGUAUCCCUAAGUUGAAUCAAAGAACGAGUCACUUUAUCUGAAAAUAUUCAGCCCUCUUUCCCAUUCAAUUCCAGGUGUAGAUUUUUACUCAUACACGCAACACUAGACAGUAAUGUGCUUCAAAACCUGAUGCAUGUGAUACCAAUGCUGUUUGCUCCUCAACCUACACCCCCGCCACUUUUCAGUUUUAGACAUAAGGACAACCAAAUAAACUUAUCUACUCCAAUUCAAGACUGUACUUCAGAAAAGAAACUCUAGUUUUGUGGUAUUUUGUGUUCAAAUGUUUUCCUUGUUGCACUAUUUGUUCCCUUCAGUUUUACUCUUUAACCUUCCCAUCCUGUAAAUGGUCUGAUAUCGCUUUAAAUAACUGCAGAGCCUUUUGAAAUGUAUCAUAUUGUAAUUAUGCAUUUACGUAAUUUGAUCUUAAACUACUGUAAGUUUUGUACUGUAAGAAAGUCUAUUCCAAAUAAAAUACUUGACAGGC